UGCUGUUUGUUAUUGCGAAAAUGUUACUCCUACAUUGUAAAUGUGUGCAUGGAAAAAAAAAAGUUACCCCAGCCCUGCAAAUAGCUAAUGAAGUAUUCAAUCACUAUAAAGUAUUGUUCCUUGUUUGUAUAGAAACACCAAUGUCUAAUCAAAGAUUUCUGGUGGACAACCUCCACAGUUACAUCAACGCUUUUUCUAAGACGACAGUGGGUUACGCUCCACAAUUUACUAGUAAUCGCAAAUUCUUCGCCAACAUGAUCAACACGGCUGUCUUCAAGAACAUGUUAGAGAAAGACGUUGUGACAUUACAGAAAAAUUUCUUGGAGAAAAUGAAGUUCUGCUGCUCGUCCGUUAUGAAUCAAGAUACUUUGAGACAGUUCUACGAUCGAGAAGUUGACCAGACAAAAAUAUAA